AUGGACCUUCAUUCUGAUGACGGCCUCGGCUUCGGUCACGGCGAUGUCGACAUCGACCUGGACUUGCGUUCUACAGGCGGUGUCGACGAUGACGAAUCACUUGACGAUGCUGGAACUGAUGCCGGCCAGGAUGUACAAACCGUCUCGGGAGAUCAGGACGACUUCAUGGCAGACAACGAGGAUAUCAUUGAAGAGGAUGUCGUUGAUGAAGAUGUAGAGUUGAAUUUGCAGCCGCACUCAGCUGACCAUAUCACCGCGCUUGAGCAGCCCCUGCCCCAGGAAGAUGAUGCAGAAGAAGAUCUGAUCGAUUACUCGGAUGAAGAGGACACAGCCGCAGACGGGACCCCCGUCGCCGCAAACGCACCGCAAGCUGAUAAUCACGAUGACUCUGUCAUUGCUGAAGUGGGUGCAGACACUGCCGCUGUCGAUGAAGCGUCUGGCCCCGGCGAUUAUGCUGGAGAGGAUGAGACCGGGUCACACCUUGCCACAGUCUCGCAUGAUGGUCAGAACGAUUUGUCUCUCGCGCAAGAACAAGAACCGUACACGUUGCAGCAGCAUGGGACAGCUUCCACUCAGCAAGACGACGAAUCGAAAAAUGAGAAUCAUAAUGACUUCGAAACUUCGGCCCAGGAGACGCAAAGCCAAGUACGAGGAGCAAGUGAACCUGCCGUUUUCUCGACUGCUACCGGCGUUGGGGAAUCUUCCUUCGCGCAAGGUGGGCAAGAUGGUGAAGGUUCCAAUUUCCACCCAGUCAACGUCAACUUCAACGGAAAAGAUUACUGGUUAUUCCAGCAUCAUGAUUAUGAAGGCAGUGGGGAUUAUCUCCUUGAUGACGCUUCAUUUUUGGAACAGCCUCUCCAUGCCGUCAUCAAUGCAUGUCGGGAAGCUCUCAGUGCUCUUGACGUGAUCGUUCCCAGUGAUCUGGAGCUCGGCUUCCGCCUCGACAGCCUCCACCAUGUCGAGUUAUAUGAAGAACAUUCAACGUGUGCAUUCUUCAGCUUGAACGAUAUACUUCGUGUGUAUCUGCAACUCUAUGCUCACGACGGAAUCACUGACCCUGAGUACUUCUGCAUCACCCUCUUGUCUCGCCCACGAGUUUCAUCCCUUCUUGCCGAGCUCUCUAGAGCCGCUACGGAAGGCAUUGGCUAUUCAGGCUUGGACAAUGUCAUCGCCUCUGGACAGAGUCUUUUCAGUAUCCACAACUCACAUAGUCCUACUGAACAUAGUUCUGGGGAAUGGGAAGAGGGUGACGUGCAAGAAGUGUCGAAAGCGCAGGCUCACCUUGAUGGUGGUAAGCAAGAUGAAUACGAAGAAGAUCAUCAUGAGGGUCACGAGGGAGACAAUGUCCAAGCGCCAUAUGAUGAAGAGCAUGGCGAUGAGGGGUGGCAUCACGAGACCAAUAAUGAGGACCAGCCUGAGCGUGAGAAUGCAGCUGAGGUUUCUGAAGAGAAAGAAACAGCAGCUGUCUCAGCAAGCGACAAUGCUGAUGCUGAAAAUGCGAUAGCGAGUACGAACGAGCAUGUGGAGCGAUCCAUCGUCGACACUGCUGCUUCAGAGCAGAACGUCCAGGAUCCUCAGGAUGAUUUCAUCGAUUAUAGUGACGAUGAGGACAGUAAGGGCGCACCUGGCAACCAAAUCCAGACGAGCCGAGUUUCGUCGGCUUCUGCAACGGUCCAGGGUGAUGAAGCCUCUCAGACACAGGACUAUGCUGAGGACGUAGCUCAAGAUGAGCAGCAGAGCAAGCAUGAUGACGAAGCUACGCAUAUUGGACAAGCAGGCUUUGGUGCUGAUGUCUUUGCUAAAUAUGAAGGCAACGAUUACUCUUAUGGAGGGCAAGCUUCUGGAGGAGGUUAUGAAGAAGAGUAUGGGCAGGAUUACAACGAGGGUCAAGAGCUUGAGAGCUACCCAGCGUACGACGACGCUCAGGCGAUGGUUGAACACACUAACCCCCUCGGUGAUCUCGAACAGCAGCCUGUAGAUCAUGCUGAUGACCUCCAAAUCUUUGUGGGGUCGAACGUCGGCGAGCCUGACGUUGUAGACGAUACCUUCGACGGAACAAACGACUUUUUGGAGUUUGAUGACACAAUUGCGGCACCACAACAAACAGUGGACAAUGAAGCCGCAGAGGACGAGAUAGACUACUCUGACGAGGAGGACGGCGCGGUCAGUCAAGCUCCGGUUGCCGCAUCUGCGGCUGCAGACUCCGUUGUCGCUUCGUCUACCGGACCUCAAAAUUUGUCUCCACAAGGACAGAAGAGAACAAUCGACGAGGUUGGUAAUGGUGCAGUGGACGGCAUCACAUCAAUAGGUAUGCUUCCGCGUAGGCGCCCAACGUUGUAG